CCGCCCCCUCGCCGCGUCGCCGGUGCCUGCACCGCCCGCCUCAUCUCGCUUCUCCUGUCCCGGCGGAGGCCCGGGCGGCCAGCGCGAGCAGCGGGGACCAUGUUCCGACGCAAGCUCACGGCCCUGGAUUACCACAACCCCACAGGCUUCAACUGCAAAGAUGAAACAGAAUUUAGGAACUUUAUCGUUUGGCUUGAAGACCAGAAGAUCAGACACUACAAGAUUGAAGACAGAGGUAACUUGAGAAACAUCCACAGCAGUGACUGGCCCAAGUUCUUUGAAAAGUAUCUCAGAGAUGUUAAUUGUCCUUUCAAGAUCCAGGACCGGCAAGAAGCCAUUGACUGGCUCCUUGGCUUAGCUGUUAGGCUUGAAUAUGGAGACAACGCUGAAAAGUACAAGGACUCAGUGCCUGACAACAGGAAAAACGCUGACAACGCAGCUAAAAACGCGGAGCCAUUGAUCAACCUGGAUGUAAACAAUCCUGAUUUUAAGGCGGGUGUCAUGGCUCUGGCUAACCUCCUUCAGAUUCAGCGUCAUGAUGACUACUUGGUAAUGCUGAAGGCAAUUCGAAUUUUGGUUCAGGAACGGCUAACACAGGAUGCAGUUGCUAAAGCAAAUCAAACGAAAGAGGGCUUACCUGUUGCUUUAGACAAACAUAUUCUUGGCUUUGACACAGGCGAUGCAGUUCUCAAUGAAGCUGCUCAGAUCCUGCGGUUGCUACACAUAGAAGAGCUCAGAGAGCUACAGACAAAAAUUAAUGAAGCCAUAGUAGCCGUUCAAGCCAUCAUUGCUGAUCCAAAGACAGACCACAGACUGGGGAAAGUUGGAAGAUGAGCACAUGAGGCUAUCAGCUUCUCACCUUAGUGAUGGGAACUGUCACACCAGCAUGUGCUUGGAAAUCAAAUGUCACACUUUCAGGGGAGGAGUCCCAGGAGAUUGACCAUGUCCUAGAGAUUUACCACAACUGCUUUUUUUCUUUAAUAAAGUUGGGGAAGUAAAAGGC